AUGGCAGCACGGUCAUCUCUCUAUGCGAUAGGCUACGAAGAAGAGGAAUUUCAAGAUGAUGGGUUUAUUCGAGCAUUGGGCUGGUAUGGCACAUUGAGCUUGCGAAUUGCUCGUGAACUUUCAUCGCAAACAACCGAUGUUAUGACAUGGCUUGCUCACGAAAAUCUACAAUUCAUCACGCUCUUUGAGGGAGAUGCGAGUCUCGGUGUUUGGCGACAGGUAGGGGACUUCGCCACAGAUCUGUUAGCUUUGGGCUUGAAUCUUGAGGCAACAUACCAAGCCAGUCCAUUUUUUCUGGCAGAAUGUCGUAGAAGGACGUUUGCAAGAGCUUACUUUCUCGAUAAAGUGUUUGCCGCUGUGUUCAAUCGACCACCACGAAUAACGGCUCGACAUGCAGAUUGCAACCUACCAUUGGACUUGUCAGACGACGCUCUUUUUCAGUCACCAGACGGUAUUGAACAAGCAAAGACCAAACUUGAUCAAGGCGGUUGGAACACAGACGGAAAGCACAGAGCAGCAACAUGGGCUCGGAUCCGCUAUAUUCUAGCAGAGUUCCGAGAAGAGAUUGUUGAAUAUCAGUUUCGAUCUAUGAAUCCCGCCGAUACUAUCAAGCUCAGGCAGGACUGUUGGACGUCGAAUCUUUCACCCGCGCUUUGCCACAUGCAUGCAAAAGUUUACCUGGCAUAUCUUCAUAUCCACUUCCAAUCAUACCGACUACUUGGCACCGGUGAUGGGAGCAUGGCUGCUCAACCAGAGCUGCUGGAGACAUCGGCGAACAUGCUUGAAACCAUUGUACAAAUGGGGAAUUGUCGCGGGAGAACACUCUUCACGCCUCGCGAUCUGCCUGGAAUUAUUCUUUCGUACGGGUUGCCGUCUGCUGUCAUAUUAUUGAAUACAUUGGAAAUUGUUAUCGAGGAUCCGUCAAAACCAACAGCAAUCCUUCCAUCAGGAAUCACGACCUCCAAUCUCAUUCGAAAUCUGUCUGUCCUCGUGUCGCAACUUGAAAACUUCUCCAGUCCCAGGGAAACCAACCAGCUGUUUUGUCUGAAAGCUUCAAAAGUGAUCUCACGCAAACUGAACAAUAUAUUGGAAAACUUCCCAAUCUCUGAUUCUGCGAUGCCCACGAAACGUACACCAGAGCCAGACACGGCAAACCUCACUACAGAUGAGAUAUUCACGUCUAUACCUGACAUAGAUACCAUCAAUAUUGAAGAUUUCGACCCCUUCGACAUCGCUGAUUGGGCAAUCAAUUUUGAUCUAGGUGCAAUGAGUGAUGACUGGGCGAUAUUCUAG